AUGCUGCGUGGGUUUGCUCAGCUUCAUCUGCGGCAUGGUCUGCCUGUACAUCUGGGGCCCCCGUCCCCAUCGUUUUCCGCAGCACGAUGGCGCAGAAUCUACGCCGCUAUAUAUUACUUUGGCGGGGAGCCCUUCGAGUUCUCCAGCGACGGAUUCAGCCAUGUGGAGAUAUAUCGCUCCGUUGGGAAAGGCUUCUCAGCCAAAGCCGGAGACGGGCGCCCCAUCAAUCCCCUGACUCACUCGAUCGAGAUGACGCCGCUGCCCGUGCUGGCCCCCAACGCUGGUUUUCCCUCCGAGGAGAAGACCAACACAAGCCCCAGAGCGAAAAGCCUAUAUACAGAUAAACACAAGAAGCACAAAAGAAAGCUUAUGAUAAAGUGCCAAACAGAAUUUUUGGGGGAGAUGUAUGCGCAAGCGAGGAGUGACAGAGAAAUACGUGAGAAUGAUUCAAGAGACUAUAAGAAUGUUACCACCAAGGUGCGAUGCACAGUAGGAAUGACAGAUGGGUUUGAGGUUAAGGUUGGCUUGCAUCAAGGCUUGACCCUCAGCCCAAUACUGUUCAAUGUGGUUAUGGAUGUGAUGACAGAGGAAGUGCGUGAAGAGCCACCAUGGUGCCUACUGUAG